AUGAAGGGUGAGGCAGUUGUGGUGACCGUCGUGGUGAUGUUAGGAUUUGCUCAGGCGGCGGUGUACAACGUUGGCGAUGCAAAGGGCUGGGGCUUCAAUGUUUUGGGAUGGGAGCAUGGCAAGAAUUUUAGGGCUGGGGACACACUUGUGUUCAAAUAUGAUACAACUCUCCACAGUGUGGUGAGAGUGGACAAAGCAAGCUUCGAUGCUUGUAGCAUUCCUCCAAACGCGCCGAAAUACGCAACUGGAAAUGACCAAAUUGUCCUCCCAAAGGGUCCAAAUUACUUCUUGUGUGGGACACCUGGCCACUGCACAGCUGGCGUCAGAAUUACAGCAUUUGCUGCUUAA